AUGGGUAGGUGUGGAAGAAGCAGCGACGGAGGAAUUGGUGGAGUUAGACCGUACGUACGGUCUCCGGUGCCUCGUCUGAGAUGGACGCCGGAGCUUCACCGGAGCUUUGUUCACGCCGUUGAGUUGCUCGGUGGUCAAUACAAAGCAACUCCAAAACUUGUUCUCAAGAUAAUGGAUGUGAAGGGACUAACCAUUUCACACGUCAAGAGCCAUCUCCAGGUCAAAGAAAAUGAUUAA